AUGUCUCUGAAAUCGGCGUCUAGCCUCCUAGACGGAGCCACUGAAAAUACAACAACCGUAGCCGGCUCUCCUGUUACCGGUGCCGUGCCCGCUGCGCAACGACAAGCGAAACAGCUUGGUGCGACCGCUACCAAAUCCAUGAAUCUAACAACACCUGGCGAGUUUCCAGGAGAAAAGACGCAAGACAAUGCCACAGCACAAGACACAUCGUCGGGUCCGUGGUAUGCACCAAUGACCGCGUGGUUCCGCGAUGUUAUCCCAAGCACAUUGGACUGGUUCGAAGGCACUAUGAAAUGGCUACUUGCCUGGAUAUUUCCUCCUCCUCGCCAAGCGACGCUCUUUGAAGCCGCACUGCGAAGGCCGUACGCGACAUCAUUCCUGGUCUGUCAACUCAUCUGCUGUGGAGUGCCGUUCCUUGUCUUUUUAGCUGGCACACUCGUGUUUGCCGCGGUAGCUGCACUGCUGUGGGCGAUACUAUCAUUUGUCAUCCUGGGCCCAAUCUUCUUGGUCGCUAGCAUGAUGGGGGUAUACGUCUGGAGUUGGGGCUUGGUUUUGUAUGCCGUCAUUAAAUGGGUGGAUAGCACGUUCCUGGGUGGAGUGAUUAGCAAGUUCUGGCUUUCACAAGUGCCACCGAAGGACCAGCCCCAGGAUGUUCAGGAGGACCGCGAGGGAACAGAAACACGAGAAGGAACAAAAGGAACCAAUUGA